CGUAAAAGAUCGGUUGAGCAUUUCUUAAGAUGACAGAGACACUGAGGGACCCGGAACUGGCGGAUUCCGAAAACACUGACGACGCCAGGGCGUCCCUCAAUCUGGCGUGCUCCUCUACGCCGAAAGUCAAGCCACUUCCUGAACGCGGCACAUGGAGUACCAAGCUAGACUUCAUCCUCAGUGUGGUGGGUCUUGCCAUUGGACUUGGUAACGUCUGGCGGUUUCCUUAUCUCUGUUAUAAAAAUGGUGGCGGGGCAUUUCUCAUUCCGUACUUCCUAACCCUCAUUCUCGCUGGGAUACCUAUGUUCUUCAUGGAAUUGGCACUUGGUCAAAUGUUAACAAUCGGAGGACUUGGAGUCUUCAAAAUAGCACCUCUCUUCAAAGGCAUCGGUUACGCAGCUGCUGUCAUGUCCUGCUGGAUGAAUGUUUAUUAUAUUGUCAUUCUGGCAUGGGCUAUAUUCUACUUCUUCAUGUCAAUGCGCAGUGACGUACCCUGGAGGACUUGUAACAAUUACUGGAAUACUGGGAACUGCGUAAAUCCUUAUGACAGGAGCUCGUUAAAUUGUUGGGAGCAGCAAACCAAGGGACAUAACCUUGUUAAGAUAUGUUCGUUGAAUCAUUUGAACGUCUCAGCGUCUGAUAUCACGGAUCCGGUCAAGGAAUUUUGGGAACGAAGGGCUCUGCAAAUUAGUCCUGGCGUUGAACACGUCGGUAGUAUCAGAUGGGAAUUGGCUGGUACUUUACUUCUAGUAUGGAUACUUUGUUACUUUUGUAUCUGGAAGGGCGUCAAAUGGACUGGCAAAGUUGUAUAUUUCACAUCCUUAUUCCCAUACGUUCUCUUAACAAUCUUGUUGAUCCGUGGUAUCACACUUCCUGGCGCCAUGGAAGGAAUUCGAUUCUACAUAAGUCCAAAUUUAUCGAAACUUCGUGAAUCGGAGGUCUGGAUAGAUGCUGUUACACAGAUUUUCUUCUCAUACGGUUUAGGUCUGGGUACUCUUGUGGCACUUGGAAGUUACAACAAGUUCACAAACAACGUCUACAAAGAUGCAUUAAUUGUUUGCUCCGUGAAUUCAUCCACGAGUAUGUUCGCAGGAUUCGUGAUAUUCUCAGUGGUGGGUUUCAUGGCUCACGAACAACAGAAGCCGGUGGCGGAGGUCGCGGCGUCUGGUCCAGGAUUGGCUUUCCUCGCGUACCCGUCAGCAGUGUUGCAGCUCCCAGGCGCGCCAUUAUGGUCAUGUCUAUUCUUCUUCAUGUUACUGUUGAUUGGUUUGGAUUCGCAAUUUUGCACAAUGGAAGGAUUCAUAACAGCCAUGGUUGACGAAUGGCCUCAUCUGCUGCGUCGUCGCAAGGAAGUCUUCAUCGCCAUAGUCUGCGCCUUGUCUUACCUAAUUGGAUUGUCCUGCAUCUCCCAGGGUGGGAUGUACGUCUUUCAGAUUCUCGACUCGUACGCAGUAUCCGGUUUUUGUCUUCUCUUCCUCAUCUUCUUCGAGUGCGUCUCCAUAAGCUGGGCCUUUGGCGUCAAUCGAUUUUACGAUGCUCUUCGCGAUAUGAUCGGAUAUUAUCCACUGAUGUGGUGGAAAUUUUGUUGGACAGUAACAACACCCAUGAUCUGCAUCGGUGUAUUCAUUUUUAAUCUGGUUCAAUGGACGCCAGUAAAGUACCUGGAUUAUGAAUACCCAUGGUGGUCUCAUGUAUUAGGUUGGUUCACAGCAUUAUCUUCUAUGCUCUGUAUACCAGGGUACAUGUUAUAUGCUUGGAUCACUACACCAGGAGACAGAGCCACGAAAUACAAGCUCUUGAUUCGAAUAGACGACGACGUGGCAAGUUUGCGGGCAAAAAUGGGACAACCGGCAGUCGAAUUAGUAUCCCUCUAACCGUCACCAUUAAAAGAACAAAUUAUCGCUCACAUUAUGAUUUUUUAAAAAUAUUAUCACACUGGUACCGCUUUGUCGUUCUUCUCGCUACGCAUUGCUAACAGAAUUCCUCCAGAAUUCUUCUAUGAUUCAUUGGCGAGAUCUCGACGUAGCGCACCUGGCCGGGUCGUCAAUUAAGAUUUAUAAUAUUAGAUAUAUCGCUACAAGAAAUUAACAGUACUGUAGUAUCGUUAAUAAUUCCAUAAAGCUGAAAUUUAACGGUAUCCAAAAAAUGAAUAAAUUCUCGUCAGUUACUAUAUUAAUGAGAGUAAUAAAUUAAUCAUUAUUCUUUUUCCGCGUUAUCAAUAGCCAAGCGACCCGACUUUAUGCGAAUACUUACUAGCCUUAGUAAAGACUAGUAUAGAAUACACUAGGUGUCAAGGUGUUCAGUGAUUAGCCGCAAGUAUAAUUAGCGAGAUCGAAGGAAUUGUUUUAGUCUGUAUUUUAAUUAGUGAUCCGUUAAUCGUGGUUAAUCUUUUAAUUAGUUCGGAUUAGAUUAACGAUAAGUAUAGUAGACUGUCGCGCGUGCGCAUUAUAAUAACGUAUUCGUCAGAGAUUGGUAAUGUUAAUCGAAUGUAUCUUAUCGAGAAAAAAAACACUGCGGCUCUGGAGGGGGACUGCAAUGUGUUUCCAUAGGUAUACAAAUUUGAGGGAACCCUAAUUAUUAAUGUAAUAUAAAUGUCAUAACGAAGGUGUAACCGUUCUAGUUAAUGUCAUGCAUUUUCGUUCUUCAUUAUAUAUUUUUGUUGUGUCGAUUUCAGUCACACGACAGAUUAUUUAUACGCAUUGUUAUUAAUUAUCGUUAAACAUAUCUAUUGCAUAUUUAUGUUAAUAUAUAAAUAUAUACAUACAUUAUAACAGUUACAAUUUAAAUUUAUUAUAAAUAUAUUUAUUUAGGCAUUUAAA